UGGAACAGCGAUCCGCUGCCGUUCUCACCUGACCCACCAGGAACAGUAAGCGUGCAAAAAUGAUCAAAACUUCACUGUCACUCCUCUUGGUGCUUGUAGCUGUGUCCUUUACAUUUGGCAAAUACACCCCAAAGACGGGCAAGCGGAGUUCUCAAACCCUGUCAAGAGGAUGGGGCGAUCAGCUAAUUUGGGCUCAGACGUAUGAGGAAGCGCUCUAUUGGGCGAGGUCAAAGAACAAGCCCUUGAUGGUCCUCUUUCACCUGGAGGACUGUCCACACUCCCUGGCACUGAAGAAAGUGUUUGCAGAGGACAAUGAGCUCCAAAAAAUCCUCGACGAGGAUUUCGUUAUACUCAACCUGGUGUAUGAAACCACAGACAAACAUCUCUCCCCGGAUGGACAGUAUGUUCCCAGAAUCAUUUUUGUUGACCCCUCAAUGACAGUGAGGGCUGAUGUCACUGGUCGCUACGCGAACCGCAUGUAUGCCUACGAACCUAAUGACAUCAAACUCCUGAUCAGCAACAUGCACAAGGCCAAGAAACUCCUCAAGUCUGAGCUUUGAGCCCGAGCACAAAAGACAAGAUGCCCUCAACAUGCUGUCAGUGCAGCUCACCUGGAAAAGGAAGUUCUUCCGAUGACUUCUUCAACGAAAUCCUCUCCUUUCCAAUCGUUGUACUUCAUGACACAUCUGUUCA